AUCUCUGCGUAUCUUUUGCGCAGACUCCGUCGGACCCAAACAAAAAGAGAAACUGCGAUCAAUCAGCGGCCGAUCCGCGAUUCUCUGGUUCCGUGUGGUCGUGUCAAGUGUAUCAGGAUCAUCCGGAUUCCCCAAACAUUGGUGUAGAGGGGUGCGGGAUCCGGGAAAGGCGGAGGUUUAACCGGAGCCGGUCCGGAUCAGCGCGGGUUUGGUUCGGGCUCGGGGGUCUGGAGGACGUGAAGGCGUGAAAAUGUCAACAACGGUCAUCUGAUGAACCAAAAAGCACCAGAAGCACAAAGAGACGAGCUUUCACCUGCUUUCACGCAGAUCCAAAACCGAUCCGGUUCGGCUGAACGCUUGGAUUAGCUUUAGCUUUAGCAUGACAGCAGGGAUGCGCUGAUUCUGACCCGUUUCAUCGUCUUUCCACAGGCUAGCGGAUGUUACGGCCGCGUCCAUGGAGUUUCCUCAGAUGACACGUGUGUUCAGCGCUCAGGGAUUUGGGGCAUGGUGACUGCUGUCCGUCAGCCAGAGCAGAGGCGUCACGCAGGGGCCGUCUGGACCUGAAGGAAGAGCUCCAAAACAGGACGCGUUUAAAACGACAGCGAGAGAGACAUGGGGCAGUGUGUGACUAAAUGUAAAAACCCCACGUCCUCUCUGGGCAGUAAAAGCGGAGACAAGGAUGGCAAGUCUCAUGGGAAGAAAGGCGGUGGCGGGACGCACAAGGAGGAGGUUGCCAAAUCAUCUGCCGAGGUCAUAAUUAAUGGCACCAAAGUGUCGGAGGGGACAGUGGAAGGUCCCGUAGCUCCGGUUAUCUCAGCGGUGGAUGUGCGGCGUGAUCAGUCUGCACAGGACGGGGACGGAGUCUCCAUCGAUCGGAUACAUAAGAUGUUCUUGUGUUAUAAGGACGAACAUGAAGACUCUAUCCUGGAGGAGGGCAUGGAGCGCUUCUGCAAUGACCUGUGCGUCGAUCCGGCUGAGUUCAAAGUUCUGGUGCUGGCGUGGAAAUUCCAGGCUGCUACCAUGUGCAAGUUUACAAGGAGGGAGUUUGUGGACGGCUGUAAGGCGAUCCAGGCUGACAGCAUCCCGGGAAUCUGCUCUCGGUUCUCCGUGCUGCUAGAGGAGUCCCGUGGAGAAGAGAGUUUCAAGGACCUCUACCGCUUCACCUUCCAGUUCGGUCUGGACGCAGAGCAGGGCCAGCGGUCUCUGCAGCGCUCCAUCGCCAUCGCUCUGUGGAGGCUGGUCUUCACGCUGGACACUCCGCCGGUGCUGGAGCGCUGGCUAGACUUCCUGUCAGAGAACCCGUGUGCCGUCCGCGGCAUCUCUCGGGACACCUGGAACAUGUUUCUGAACUUCACGCAGAGCAUCGGCCAAGAUCUCAGCAACUACAGUGAGGAUGAGGCCUGGCCGAGUCUGUUUGACUCCUUUGUGGAGUGGGAGACGGAAAGACGGAGACGGGAACACACCGAAACAGACCCCAAUGGAGACUGCGAAGCCUCGUCCAUGUGACCAGGAUGUUUUUAUUUCAUUUGGGAUGAUGAUGAUGAUGAUGAUGAUGGUGAGUUCUGGACUGAUGAUUUGUGACUCGUAUUAUUAUUAUAAUUAUUAUUAUUAUUAUUAAUUUUUUUGUUUUUCUCUGGUCUUACCACAAUGGGCAUCUCAGUGUGCUCUCGGACUUUGUUUUUUUUAACGAAAGGGCUCCAAUCGAAUUGUUUUUUUUUUUAAAGCACUUUUAUUUAAGUUAUUACUGUUUAAGUUGUUUUAAGUAACGUUUGCAUUUCAUCCAGAGCGGUUUCUUCUCACUGAUGUUUGUUUGGGAUUCACUGACGCGCCAAAGAAAAGGGAAUUCUGUCCGCUGCCUGCAGAUUUUGAGCACACACACACACACACACACACACACAUAUAUAUGAAUUAGUGUUGUCAUGAAACUGCAAUUUUUGGUACCAAUCGGUCCUGAGCUUUUAAAAACGUCCAUUUCCCUCUAACAUUUGAGUGCUGUCGAGCGUGUUCUUAAACACUGCUGAUUAACCAUUGUGUUCACCAGUGCACAACAGAAAUUACUGUGGUUGGCUGUAAAUGUCAUCGAUUCAACAUUCUUGACCAAAUAUAUAGACCAAUGGUCUCAAACUCAAUUCUUGGAGGGCUACCGGUCUGCACAUUUUAGCUCCAACCACCUCCACCUCACACCCAGCUCUCCAGGAUUUGAGUUUGGGACCACUGAUAUAGACAGAAUAUUGACACUGGAGCGUUUCAAAGUCUGUCUAUGAGCUGACAUACAAGCGACGUGACUUUGAAACACUCCAGUUUCAUGUAUCUGUGUUUACAUUCGGUGAACAACAGUGAAUUGAUGAGCUUCACAGCCAAUCACAGUCAUUUUUGUUGAGCACUGGUGAACACAAUGGCCAAUCAGCAGUGUUUCUAUGCUAGUGGGAAAUGGACGUUUUUAAUACUUCAGUAUUGAUUUGUACUGAAAAUCCAGUAUCGUGACAACACUAAUAUGCAUAUAUAUAUAUAUAUAUAUAUGCACAAAAAGAAACCCAGACUUGAGUAAUGCCAGCAGAAAUGCUGUUUUUAACGGUUAUAUUUGGGUUUCAUUCUGGGUGUGUGGUGGUAAUAUUGGUUGUGUUUUACAUCAGACUGCGGUGAUUGAUGUCCUAAAACCCUCAACCUCAUUUCUCAUGUGCUUCCCUGCUCAUUUCUGACUUGGUUUUGUUUGUUUUGGUUAUUUCAUUCACAUCAUUUCUGAAUUCUUCAUUAAUUCUGCAGUUCGCUCAUGUAUUCUCAACGGUCAGAUGUAUGUAUGUAUGUGUGUGUGUGUGUGUGAGGGAAAUACUGAUUCAUUUGCAGUUGGAUGUCUGCUGUGAGCGUUUUCUUUUAUUUUACAGUUUACAUUAUUCUGUUUUUUUUAAUUCAAAGUGAUUUCAUUUCAGUCUUUUGUGUCUGGUUUUAUAUAAAUGAAACAGUUUAUAAUUAAUAAAAAUGUGUUGAGCA